AGAAGAAUCCACUAGCAUUCACUAUCGAUGUGAGCUUGUGUAGCUCGCUCAGUACGUGUGAUUGUCAUGGAUAUCUAUGUGCGAAACGCGGUUUGAGCGCCAUUUUUCGCCAAAUUAUUUUGGUAUUGAUGUUAUAACUUGAAUGACUUCGGUUUUUCGCCUGCUUCGCGAUAUGUCUGGAGCGGCAGUGAGCGCCUCUACCAGUAAGCUGAAUGUAUUGGUCAACAAGCUUCAUGACUACUUGGCUCAUUCCGCUGUUGAGGACAACAGCGGCACGACAACCUGUGAUGCUGAUGGUUUGACAAACAGAAACUGUUCUGUGGGGAAUUCAGCAGGACAUAGUCUCACAGAGGCAGGAGUGGAUGGCAGAUACUCCAGGAGAAAACCCACAGUUGUCAUUAAGCACUCUGGACUGGAUGAAUCUGGGGACUCAAAUGAAAGCGAGGACUUGGAUUUACCAGUCAGUGCAAAUGGUCACCUCGAUAUCACCAGAUUGCCUAAAGGUACUGUACUGGUCAGGCCUGAAGCUGCUGACAAUGGAAGAGAUGAUUUCAGGGGUCCAGAGUUUCGCAGCCGGAAAUCCAAUGUGAUUCGGAAAGAGUUUUCAAGAAGACGUGGAGGAGGCGAACAUGUGGGAAUUGUGAGUUGCACUGCAUGUGGCCGACAAGUCAACCACUUCCGGAAAGAUUCCUUAUAUCGACAUCCAGUUCUGAAAGUAUUAAUCUGCAAGUCAUGCUACAAUUAUUACUCAAGUGAUGACAUCAGCAAAGAUGGAGAUGGAAUGGAUGAGCAGUGCAGGUGGUGUGCUGAAGGAGGGAACUUGAUCUGCUGUGAUUUCUGCAGUAACGCCUUUUGCAAGAAGUGCAUUCUGAGAAAUUUAGGAAGAAAGGAACUAUCAGGCAUCUUGGAGAGCAAAUGGUACUGCUAUGUGUGCAGCCCAGAGCCCCUCUUUGACUUGGUGGUGGCUUGCGACAGUGUCCUUGAGAGCAUGGAGCGUCUGUGGUGUCAGCAUCGCAGGAGGAAUCGAGUAGAGCCAGGGAAAUCUGAACUUUACCACAUGUUGCCACAGAAUAAUCCUUUGCACAAGUGGGAUCACACUGGUAUGGAUGGGAAUGUUGUGUUCCACUAUAACACACUGCAGAUUUCUAAGGACAUUACCAAAAAGGCCAAGCAUUUAGUGGACUCAACAAACACCUUAAACCAAACAUUUGUCAAUUUCAUUCAUACUGUGACAGCAAGCAAGCAAACACCCGGUGUUCGUAAUCUGUAUCUGAACUCUUUUUUGACAGUAGUCAAGGGCUUGAGAAAAUCACUUGCAGCACUUGAGUGUAGUCUCAAGGAAGAAUUCAAUGACUUGGACGUAUUGAACAUUUGGGAAAAGUUCCUUAGCGAUGAUUUUGAUCCAGUUGUAACAGAAGCAGACACGGAGCUGGAUAUCACUGAUGAAAGAUGCUUGAGUAACUUGCAGAAACUGGCAGCUGAACAUUUGGAAGAUAAUGAUUCUGACUCCAAGGGCUUCACGGACGGGAGAGGUCCAGAUGACUGCACUGAAAAGGACAUGGAUUCCCAUGAAGUCAGACUUGGAGCAAAUACGACUGACUUUAAGACUUCUGAAAGUGGUGUUAAUAUGUCUAAAAAACUUGUUGUACAGCUUACACCUGUAGCUAUGGAGCAGGGGCAAUCCAGUGAUGCCCCAAAGACAGAGGAAGACCACACGAACAAUAAGAAGUCAAAGCGCAAACAUGAAUCAGAAGAUGAAGAUAGUGUAUGUGGUAAAGCUGACAGCAAGAUGAGCAAUGACAACUCAAGCGCAUCUUUAUACCCAGAAGAGGAACAUGGCAAUAGGCGGUCUCCUCGUGUGAAGACAACUCCUUUGCGCCGACCAAGUGAUGUCAAGACCAAAACAUCUCUUUCAGCAGCAGAUAGUGACAGUGACUCUGACGCUGAGAAUCCCGACACAGCACCUGUAAAAAAUACUGAAGAACAAAGUCUGGGCAGAGCAAGAGACGACUCUGACUCGGACGAAGUCCCUGCUGCUCUGCUUGAGCGAGCAGCUAUGACACAAAGUUCAGAUGAACCCCAGAGCGACGAGGAUGGCGGUGAAGCUUCACCAAACAAGGUGGCCAAGAAAUGCCUAUUCUGGCUCACUAAAAACCCCCCAAUCUCACCGGAGAAAAUGCGGCGGAAACGGAAGAUGUUGGAUCACUCCCCAGAGUCCGACUCGAGCAACAGAAGAGUCAAAGCUCGACACGAAAGUGGGACAGAUUCCUCCAGUGAUGACCAAGACACACAGGACAAAAUGCAACAGUUGUAUACCCUGAGGCCGAUCGGGACAGCCCACCUGGCCAAAAGAGAAGAAGAUGAUGUGGCUCGAAAGCAGAGGAGGAUACAAGCAGGGAAGUCUAAGGCUAAAUCUUGUCGGGAAGCAAUGGAAUCAUCAUCGUCGUCCAGUGAUGAUGAACAAGACGACGACUCCGGAAGUGAAGGAAGUGAUCAGAAGAUGAAGCCAAUCACAGAAGGCGUGGCUUUACUAGGAGCUGCACCAUUCCAGCAAUCAUCGGGAGAUGAGGAGCAGUCUGGGCCCUCAUGGGCAGUAGAAGAUGACGAUGAUCCAGAAAAUAGAAUCGCUAAGAAAAUGCUAUUGGCCCAAAUUAAUGCCAACUACUCCUCGGGUGAUGAUAUCUCAUCGGAUGAGGAAACGCAGGAAGAGGACUCUGAGGCGGACGGUGACAAGGAGGUCAGACCAAGCGAUGAGGAUAAUGGAGCAGUUGAGAAUGGGGAACACGGGGCUUCAGAUUCAUCUGACGGCAAGUCUGAUGGGCCCAACUACAGGCACCAUCUUCUCAACCACAAACUCAGCUUAGAUGAGGAAGCAUCAAGUGACAAAGCGGCGCCAAAGACAGACGAAGGAAAGCAGAAGAGCAAGAGACGGGCCAAAAGAAAGCACCUGAGCUCUGAUGGUGAAAGUGGUGAUGACAGCGAUGAGUCGGGUGGAGAAGGUGGGAUGAGCGAGGAGCUGAGUCAGUCAGAGGAUGAGGCUUUCAAAGAUGCACUUGAAAGUUUAACUGAAGACGAGGACGAAACACCAGAUAGUCCCGAACAGAAGCAACAGACAUCCUGCAUUUGGUUGUCUGACUCCAGCAGUGAAAAGAGCGAUCAAGAGGACACAAACGAGGAAAUAAGUGAAAGUCAAGGCACCGUCAAAGGACGCAAAAAGAUCCGCAAAAUCAUUGAAGAUGAGAAUCUCCUUGCUGAGACUCAGGAAGCGCUCAGAGAGGAGGAGGAGAGACGCAAACGUCUAGCAAAUAGAGAUCAACAGUUGGAGGACAUGAGAGAGAUAAUUGUUAUAGAAGAUGAGCAGUGUCCUAUUACAACCAAGCUGGUCCUGGAUCAGGACGAGGAGACCAAGAAUCCUCUAGUUCAGGUGCACAGGAACCUGGUGACAAGACUGAAGCCUCACCAAGUGGACGGCGUCCAGUUCAUUUGGGACAGCUGUUGUGAGUCUGUGAAGAAGGCCAACUCUUCUCCUGGAUCAGGCUGUAUACUGGCACACUGCAUGGGUCUAGGAAAAACUCUGCAGGUUGUAACGUUCCUCCACACCGUGCUUCUGUCAAGAAACCUGAAAUUCAGAACAGCUUUGGUAGUGUGUCCGCUUAAUACAGUCCUUAACUGGGUCAGUGAGUUCAAGAGAUGGCAAAGCAACAUGGGAGAAGACAAAGUCAAGGUGAAAGACAUGGCUACAACAAAGUCACUCCUGGAGCGAGUCCGAGCUCUUCAGGAAUGGCACAAACAUGGAGGUGUUAUGAUAAUGAGCUAUGAGUUGUACCGCAUCUUGUCGCUAGGCCAUAAAGUCAAGAAUGAGGAAUGGAAGAAAGAGUUAAGGAGUGCACUGGUGGAUCCAGGUCCGGACUUUGUGGUUUGUGACGAAGGGCACAUCCUGCGCAAUGAAAGAUCCAAUAUCUCUAAAACUAUGAAUGCUAUCAAGACCCAAAGGAGAGUGGUGCUAACAGGCACACCGCUGCAAAACAACCUCGUUGAGUACCACUGCAUGGUCAAUUUCAUCAAGGCGAACCUUCUGGGUUCUCUGAGUGAGUUCAGAAACCGUUUUAUCAACCCCAUCCAGAACGGCCAGUGCGCUGACUCCACACCGAAAGACGUCCGAAUCAUGAAGAAGCGCGCUCAUGUCCUUCAUGCAAUGUUGGCUGGAUGUGUGCAGAGAAAAGAUUACUCAGAGUUGACGCAGUUUCUGCCUCCCAAACACGAGUAUGUGCUGGCAGUGAGGGUUUCCCCACUUCAGUACAAGUUGUACCGCUACUACCUCGACCAUGUUGCAGGUGUGGGCUCCAUAGCCAAAGCAAGGAUGAGGGCUGGAGCAAACCUGUUCAAGGACUUUCAGAUCCUUGGGCGGGUUUGGACUCAUCCGUGGUGCCUUCAGCUCAGCUACAACAGCAAAGAAAGCAAGGGAAAUUCAGAAAAGAGAAAUCAAGUUAAAAUGACAGAUCUGCUGACAAAUGCAAAAACUGCUGUAGCUGAGAGUGGACUGAAAGAGAGCGAAGGAAGAGAAAGGAGCGACACUGGCAACAGUGCAGGGAUUACUGAUGUGUCCAAAGAUGCCCCAUCAGUGGAAGGGGAAAAGGCUACUGUCAGCUUGAGGUCUCAGAGUCCAGCUGAGGCCUGGUACAAAAGUCUGCUGUCUGACGGUGAUGCCAAAAUCAUGGAGCACUCGGGGAAGAUGGUGCUCCUGUUUGAGAUCCUCAGAAUGGCUGAAGACCUGGGGGAUAAAGUGCUGGUGUUCAGUCAGUCCCUGAUCUCAUUAGACCUAAUUGAGGAUUUCCUCAAGAUUUCUCACUCUGCCAGAGACCAUUCAUUAAAAGAGGGGAGCUGGAUUAAAAACAUUGAUUACUAUCGUUUUGAUGGUUCCACCAGUGCUGUUCAACGGAAGGAAUGGGCAGAUAAGUUCAAUAAUGCUGCCAAUACACGUGGCCGUUUGUUUCUCAUCUCAACGAGAGCGGGCUCACUUGGCAUCAACCUCGUGGCUGCAAACAGGGUCAUCAUUUUUGAUGCCUCAUGGAAUCCCUCAUACGACAUUCAGAGCAUAUACAGAGUGUAUCGCUUUGGCCAGCUCAAACAAGUGUUUGUGUACCGCUUCUUGGCUCAGGGCACAAUGGAGGAGAAGAUCUACGAUCGUCAGGUGGCCAAACAGUCUUUGUCCUACCGAGUGGUAGAUCACCAGCAGAUUGAGAGACACUUCACCCUUAUGGAGCUGACUGAGCUCUACAUGUUUGAGCCAGACCUACUCAAUGACCCCAACUCCAAGAAAAGCAAAAGACCCACCUCUGUUUUACCAAAGGAUGGUGUUCUGGCUCAGCUCUUAGAAACCUGUAAAGACCAGAUAGUGUCUUACCAUGAGCACGAAUCCCUGCUGGACCAUAAACAAGAGGAAGAGCUCAGUGAGGCAGAACGCAAAGCUGCUUGGGACGAGUUUGAAGCCGAGUCAAACGCUGUCAGUCAUCCAGUCAGCUCCAACCCGGACAGCUUAGAAAAGAAAACCAAUGAACAGCUACUGGAAUUGCUUAAUAAAAGUAAAGCAAAAGUGUCAGCGGCCUUCAAUAGGCUGCAGAAAAUGAGACCUCUCCGUAUCGAGGACUACAUGUUGCGAGUGCGGCAGCAGAAUCCCUACAUGCCUGAUGUUUUGGUGGUGACCAGAGCUGCGAUCUGUAAAAGCGAUGACGAGAAGUUGUACGAACAGGGACAAGCCUUUUAUCGAGAGAGCCUUGCAAAGCAACAGUCGCUCAGUAUCUGCAUCGUGGCCAUACUGAAGAGUCGAACAGUUCAAGCAGUGCAGACGACCGUGAACACUGUGAUCCAACCUGGACAGACUUGAGCAAGACAUUCGUGUCAUAGUAGGAAAAGAACCAUUUUUGUUCUUCAUCUUAAUAUGGGACUGAGGGAGUGACUUUUUGUGUGGGAGCAAUUUAACACAAACAUAAACCAACAGAACACAAGCAUGUCAUCAAACCCAUGUUUUCAUUCCUCUUGAUUUAAAAUAUUCAGUUAAAUUUAUACUCAGCUGCACUUUCAUGCACAGAAGAUGCACAUGCAUUUUAGGAAUGUACUGUUUACAAAAACUUGGCUUUGUCUGCAUUUAAAUGUGAUUUUGACAACAAAGGUAAACUAUUUGUGCCUUAAUCCUUUAUGUUUUCUAAAUCUUGCUGCUGUGUGAUCUUUGACACUUGUUAAGUUUUUCUGUAAUAAAAUAUAAAUAUUGAUAGCA